AUGGUGGCCUCUACCGUCCUUCCCCUGCUGGAGCGGGUCUCCUCCGUCAGUCCCAUGGAGGCGAGCAUGAGGGAGUGCAGUGGAAGGUCUCCACUGGCAGCCACGCCCCGUGGGCUUGACGGGAGAAGAUUCGACUACAAAGAGAUGCUCCACAAUUCCACCUUCUGUUUGGUGCCCCGGGGCAGACGGCUGGGCUCCUUUCGCUUCCUCGAAGCGCUGCAGGCUGCGUGCGUUCCCGUGAUGCUGAGUAACGGCUGGGAGCUGCCCUUUUCUGAGAUCAUCGACUGGAACACGGCCGCAGUCAUCGGCGACGAGAGGCUCCUGCUGCAGGUAAAGGGCCUGCAGACACGCUCAGCUGGACCCUCCGGCUCUACACGCCAAAUCUACACAGACUCCAACUCAUGUAUCCCGACCACGGUUCGCUCCAUCCACCAGGAUAAGAUCCUGUCCCUCCGACAGCAGACCCAGUUCCUCUGGGAGGCGUACUUCUCCUCUGUGGAGAAGAUUGUGCUGACCACACUGGAGAUCAUCCAGGACCGAAUCCUGGAGCACGGCUCCAAAAGCAGCCUGAUGUGGAACAGCCACCCCGGGGGUCUGUUUGCUUUGCCACAGUACUCCAGUUACCUGAGAGACUUCCCGUUCUACUACGCCUCACUGGGGAUUAAACCGUACUCCAAGUUCACCGCCGUCAUCCACGCCGUGUCCCCUCUGGUGUCCCAGUCCCAGCCCAUACUCAAGCUCCUGGUAGCGGUGGCCAAGUCCCAGUACUGUGCCCAGAUUAUCGUCUUGUGGAAUUGCGACAAGCCUCUCCCCGCCAAACACCGCUGGCCCGCCACCUCAGUGCCCGUCAUCGUCAUCGAGGGAGAGAAUAAGGUCAUGAGCAGCCGCUUCCUGCCGUACGACAGCAUCGUGACGGACGCCGUCCUCAGCCUGGACGAAGACACAGUGCUGUCCACCACAGAGGUGGACUUUGCGUUCACCGUGUGGCAGAGUUUUCCUGAGCGGAUCGUGGGCUACCCGGCCCGCAGCCACUUCUGGGACAGCAGCAAGCAGCGCUGGGGCUACACGUCCAAAUGGACCAACGAUUACUCCAUGGUUCUGACCGGCGCCGCCAUGUUCCACAGGUAUUACCACUUCCUGUACACCCACUACUUACCCACCAGCCUGAAGAACAUGGUGGACCAGUUGGCCAACUGCGAGGACAUCCUGAUGAACUUCCUGGUGUCUGCUGUCACCAAGCUGCCCCCCAUUAAAAUCACACAGAAGAAGCAGUACAAAGAGACCAUGAUGGGACAGUCGUCGAGGGCGUCCCGCUGGGCCGACCCGGACCACUUCGCCCAGCGGCAGACCUGCAUGAACAAGUUCGCCAGCUGGUUUGGCACCAUGCCACUCAUCCAUUCCCAGAUGAGACUGGACCCCGUCCUCUUCAAGGACCAAGUCUCCAUCCUGCGUAAAAAAUACAGGGACAUCGAGAGGCUCUGACAAGACCGCCGCCCCCUCGGGGGAGACCCCACGCAGGGGGAGGCGCGGGACUCUGUGGAGAGUCGGACUACGGCGGGAUGGAUCGGGAGAGACGCUCUGUCUUCCACUCAGCACAAUGCCAAUGACCGCAGCGCUGCUGCUGCCAGGAGUUGAUGCAGGAGGGACGGGACAAAGAAAAACACUUAGAUUUGGAUUUAAGACAAAAAGACGGCACACACUACUGACGACGAGGACGGCGUCCUGCUCGCUGCACACGAGCAGGACGGUAGAGAGGGAGGUGUUCGUGGUGGCUAACCUGGCAACCAAACCUACCACAAAUCCUACUGGUUGCCCCUCGCAACCCUCCCUCAUCUGCAU